AUGGCAUAUGUCGCCAGGAGUGAGGCCCCACUGUGCUCCGAGCAGUUCGGCUCCGGGACGGCCCGGGGCUGCCGCGCCGCCGCCGACGGGACCCUGCAGUGGGAGGCCUGGGGGCGGCGCUGGUGGGGGUUCUCGGGGGCCUUCACAGCGAAACCCGGAGGACGAGAUGGGGGCGAAAGGGUGGCUCCCGGGACGGCCGUUCCACCUCUUUCCCGGCUCCUGGCUGUCUUCCUGCCUCAGGGCUUCCCCGAUAGCGUCAGCCCGGACUAUCUGCCCUACCAGCUGUGGGAUUCCGUGCAGGCCUUUGCUUCCAGCCUCUCGGGUUCCCUGGCCACCCACGCAGUCUUGCUGGGCAUAGGGGUAGGGAACGCAAAAGCCUCUAUUUCAGCUGCCACGGCCACCUGGCUCGUGAAAGAUUCAACUGGCAUGCUGGGCCGCAUCAUCUUUGCCUGGUGGAUGGGGAGCAAAAUGGACUGUAAUGCCAAGCAGUGGAGGCUUUUUGCCGACAUCCUCAAUGAUGUAGCCAUGUUCCUCGAGAUUAUGGCUCCCAUAUUCCCCAUCUGUUUCACCAUGACCAUCUGCAUCAGCAACCUGGCCAAGUGCAUUGUGGGCGUGGCUGGUGGGGCCACUCGGGCCGCACUGACCAUGCAUCAGGCCCGGAGAAACAACAUGGCCGACGUGUCAGCCAAGGACGGCAGCCAGGAGACGCUGGUAAGCCUGGCAGGGCUCCUGGUCAGCCUCCUGAUGCUUCCCCUGGUGUCAGAUUGCCCUAGCUUAAGCCUUGGCUGCUUCUUCUUCCUCACUGCCCUCCACAUCUAUGCCAACUACCGGGCAGUCCGGGCCCUUGUCAUAGAGACCUUGAACGAAGGCCGGCUCUGGCUGGUCCUGAAGCACUUCCUUCAGCGGGGAGAGGUACUUGGCCCCGCUUCAGCCAAUCAGAUGGAGCCGCUGUGGACAGGUUUCUGGCCGUCUCUGUCUCUAUCCCUGGGGGUCCCCCUACACCGUGUGACUUCCAGUGUCUUUGAGCUGCAAAAGCUGGUUGAGGGGCACCAAGAACCCUACCUCCUUCGCUGGGACCGGUCACAAAACCAGGUACAGGUUGUCCUGAGCCAGAUGGCAGGCCCUGAGGCCAUUCUAAGGGCUGCCACUCACGGACUGGUGCUUGGAGCCCUGCAGGGAGACGGACCCCUCCCAGGAGAGCUGGAGGGACUGAGGAACCGACUACGGGCUGGCCCUGAGAAAGAGAGCUGCGUCGUCGUCAGGGAGACGCACCAAGUGUUGGACAAGCUAUUUCCAAAGUUCUUGAAAGGACUGCAGGAUGCGGGCUGGAGGACUGAGAAUCACCAGCUAGAGGUGGAUGAAUGGAGGGCCACAUGGCUCCUGUGUCCAGAAAAGAAGCUCUUGUGAGCAGCCCAGCCAGGGGCCCAGGUCCCAGGACAGGAGCCUGGAGCAAGGACACUUUGGCCAUAGCAGGACCUGGGAAAGGCAGCUUUAUUUUUGCUUAGGGGCACCAAUGUGGCCAGUUGGCCAAGGAAGUGACUACCAAUCAGAUGGACUGGGCCUCAGGCAGAGACAAGGUGGAGAGAAGGGGUACCAGGGCCUUCACCCACACUCUCCUGCCGCAGGCCCUUCUCACCACUGCAGGCUCCCCACCCCUGCUUGCUGCAAAGCUGUGGCUCAUGGCGCCCGACACAGUUGACCUCAGGCAUAAAAGCCCCAGAGGAACGUGGCCACGGCCAUCAUGAGCAGGGCAUUGAGGUUGACGACUCGGGCCCAGCUUGGGUCCUCACUGAUGUCCUCCAG